AUGGACCUCAUAAAUAGUCUUAAAAUUGAAGAGACAGAAGGAGAAGGAGAAGGGGAAGAAAAUCAAGAAUCAUUUAAAGAAUUGUUUGUCGGGAACAUACCUCCUACAGCGAGUGCAAGUGAUGUUAAAACCGUUCUUGAAAAGUAUGGAGAUAUAGUAAUUUUUCGAUGUGAAAUUAAACCCGAUAAAUUCUUUGGUUUUAUUGAAUUGAAAAAAUCCGAAGACGCUGAUAAACUUCUUAGAAGGGCAAAUUUUUCACCACCAGAAUGUUUAGGCAGAAAAUUGAGAAUAUCCAAGUCACAUAAUAAAAAAAAAAUCAGAAACCAAAAGAAAAAGAUCAAAUCCGAAAAUGAUCCCAAAUUUAAAAUUUUAUCAAUGGAACUUGGGAAUUGGGCAGGUCAAGAUCAAAAAAUAAACAGUUCAAAAAAGAAUGAUAAAAGGAACAAAAAAUCUAAAAAGGAAACAAAAAAUUGGACAUUCAUUUCUGAUUGGAAAUAUCCAAAAUAUUUUGAACCUCCUAAAUUAAUAAUAUCAAAACCCACGAAUUCCUUUUACAUAGAAGGGUUCUCGAAAAAGAGUGAGAAUGAUUCACCACCCGAAAUUAAUUUAAGAAGAGUAAAAAUUCCUUUCCGAAGUUUAUCCGAAAAUAAAAAGGGAGUUCUUUUAAACUACAAAGAAAAAAAAGAUCAAGAAGUUUUAUAUAUUUCUAUAAAAUAUCCCCCUGAACUAUAUCAAAUGACAAGUCAACCUGUGUUUGAAUUAUUUCAAACUAGAUUUAUUGCUGAAAUUAUUGGGGAAGUUGAAUGGCUUCGAACUAUAGAUUGGACUGGCAUUGCAAAUGCAUUUGGAAAAUGUCUAGUUAUUCGAAUAGUGAUUAAAGAAAAUCAUCAUCGAGAACUUUUACAGUGUCUAAAAAGGUCGAAUAUACCGGGCCUUCCAAGACAUAUUCCUGAGGGAAAAAUUUAUUGUAAUGAAGCUCCCGAUCUUUCUUUCACAUAUUUGGACGAAAGCUUUCGUGUAUUACCUUUCCGAUUAUGUUUCAAAUUAGAAUGCUUACUUUCGCAUUCCAUUUUGUCACCUCACGAAAUACAAAAAUAUAGCCUUGGAGAAAGGUUAACCGAGUUAUAUUUCGAACAAAAGGAGACGAUUGCAUGGUAUGCUUUAAAUCAAAUUGCUGUUAAACAUUGGGAUCCGUCAGACGAGUACUAUAGUCAACGUCCAAUUAGUAUAUUCGAAAUUGCGGUGAACACUUUUCGUGGGGAAUUUACUGAAUGGCAUCCGAGCAAUCCUAAUUUAUCAAAGAAUAAUAAUGAGAGAUGUGCGUGGGUGAAUCAUGCAACUAUUACUCCUACCAAAAUUUAUUUUGAAGGACCAACCUAUGAACCAUCAAAUCGAAUAUUAAGAAAAUAUUCAAAACAUAUUGAUAGAUUUAUUCGUGUCACUUUUAAAGAUGAAAAUUUUGAUCGACUCUUUGUGAACAAUAAAGCUGACGAAAUUUACAAAUUACGAAUAGAAUUAAUAAUGAAAUCAGGUUUCUAUGUGGCCGGAAGGCAAUUUGAAUUUUUGGCAUUUUCUUCUUCACAAUUACGUGAAAGUUCAUGCUGUUCGAUUCAAGCACCUGCUUUAUAUGCGGCGCGUAUGGGUCAAUGUUUUACUAGUACAAUCGGAACUAUUGAACUUGAACAUGAUCAAGUCAUAGAAAUAGAAGAUAUAAAAAGAAAUGGUUACACUUUUAGUGAUGGUUGUGGUACAAUUUCACCAGAUUUAGCAAAACGAGUAACCAAACUUUAUUGGGGAAAUCAACAAAAAAAAGAUAAAGAAGUUCCUUCAGUUUUUCAAAUCAGAUUUGGAGGGAGCAAGGGUGUAGUUUCCGUUGAUUCCACCUUAAGAGGAGAAAUGUUGUGCUUAAGGAAAAGUCAAAUAAAAUUUCCAGCCCCGGUUUCCCGAAAUUUGGAAAUAUGUAAAGUGGUGAAAAAUCCUCUUCCCGCUCAUUUGAAUCGACAAAUAAUUAUGAUAUUGAGUGCUCUUGGUAUUCCUGAUGACGUAUUUUUAAGUUUACAAGACAGAAUGCGAGACGAUAUAGACAAAAUGAUGAAAAAUCCUGAAAAAGCGAAGGAAAUUGUAAAAAGAAGUACGGGGUCCCGUGAAUGUUCACAUAUAACCCGAUGUAUCCUGAGUAUGAUUGAUGAGGGUCUCAUGAGAAGUGGGGAACCUUUUUUAAAAGGACUUUUAGAAUGUAGAAGGAUAUUUGCUUUAAAAAGUUUAAGAUAUCGGGCACGAAUUUUGGCACCAAAUGGGUUUCUUCUUUACGGAAUACUAGAUGAGGUUGGAGUUCUUGAACCCGAUCAAAUUUUCGUUCAAACAUCAACGAUAAACACGGAUAUUCAAACUUUUACUAAAAUGAAUAAAAAAACAAAAAGAAAUCAUAAAAUUUACACUGGGCGUGCGGUAAUUACCAGGAAUCCAUGUUUACACCCUGGUGAUAUACGUUUUGUAACCGCUGUUGAUGUCCCGGCAUUAAGACAUCUUCAUAAUUGCGUAAUUUUUAGUCAGAAAGGAGAUAGGCCAUUACCUAAUUAUUUGUCGGGAGGAGAUUUGGGUGUACUUAUACCUUCCGUUAACGAAGAGCCCAUGAACUAUGAUCCGCCAGAACGAAAAAAGUUAGAUCGGCCUGUAGAGAUAUCUGAUAUUUAUGAAUUCUUUACAGAUUUUAUGAAAAAUAAUCGAUUAGGGCAAAUAGCUAAUCUUCAUAUGGCACUUGCGGAUUUCAACGUUGAUGGAGUGCGUGAUCAACAAUGUAUGAAAUUAGCUGAACAACAUUCCAUGGCUGUUGAUUUUAACAAGUCGGGAGUCCCAGUAACUGAUCGAUUACCAAAGGUGGAACAAUAUCCGGACUUUAUGGAAAAUAAACGGAAAGAUUCAUAUAAAUCUGAAAAAAUUUUAGGUCAACUUUAUCGGAGAAUAGAGAUUGAUCGUCAACCCGAAGAAAACCUUUUACUUAAUUACGAUGGUGAAAUAAUUCCAAAUCAAGAAUUUUUAUUUGAUGGAUAUGAAGACUUUACUGAAGAGGCAGUCAUAGUUAGGAAUACAUUCAAUUUUGAGAUUCGAAGUUUAAUGAAGAAAUUUUCGGUUAAAUCUGAACCGGAAGUGAUAACGGCGAACCUACUUGGUUAUCGUCGUGUAGAUGGACGACAAAAUCGAGAAAUUCGAGAAGCUAUAUCCGGAUCUAUAUCGCAUACAAUACACCAUUAUCGUAAAAAUUUUUUAGCUGAAUUAAGAAAUACUAAUGACGAAUCUGAUAGGUCAUUAGAAAUAGAGGGUGAAACCUUUAGCUAUCACGUGCAUAUACCAAUAAAUGACGAAACUAAAGCGAAAGCGUCAGCGUGGUAUGCUGUUACGUAUGAUAACGAAAAAUAUCCCGAUCAUAUUGAUGAUACUAGACUUUUAAGUUUUGCAUGGGUUGUAGCCGACAUUCUAUUAGCAAUUAGAAUGGAAAAGCAAUUAGAAAUUGUCAAAGAGUUGGUAAAACAAUUGACAAUUGAGUAA